GGAUUGUGGGAAAUGUAGUCUGGCGACGCUGCCUUGCCCGCCAUUCCUGUAAUGGCUGCUUUCCGGUCAGGAGUGUCACUGGUAACCUCUUAGCCUCGGCAGCCGGAGCUCCAAGGAGGGACUGUUUCACUUCGGGUAGAAUUUUAUGUACACCCUUGUUUGGGAAAGUUCAGCCCUCAAGAUCCCCACAUCAUGAAUUCAGUUUCAACACAAUUGAUUUUAGUGUUUACUUCACUGCUCUUGCUUCUGCCUGUUGUUGAGGCAGUAGAAGCUGGGGAUGCAAUUGCACUCUUGUUAGGUGUGGUUCUCAGCGUUACAGGCAUCUGUGCUUGCUUGGGGAUAUACGCAAGAAAGCGAAACGGACAGAUGUGACUUUGAAGGACUCUUCUGAAUUAGACUUCACCCUGACCACACUGAAAACCAUUGUGCUAUGGAGGCCAAACCUAAGGUUUGAUCUCUCCUGUUCCCAGCAAGAAGGCUGCAGUUAAGAGGAUGGUUUCACAGUCUUGUUUCUCAUAAGAUGGGAGGAGAUGGGGUGGGGUGGGAGUGGGGGCUUUUACAAUGAAGAGUGCCUGCGCUAAUAACAUGGCCUAUACUUUGUAUUUGCUGCUUAGGAAGGCGGCCAAAGAGGGCUUCAAUUUGCAGAAGUAUUAUUUCAUACUUUCUAAAUUGUUAAAGCACAUGAAAUUGGAAGAAGGAAGUAUUUGCUCAGACUCUAGUAAAUCAACAUUGUUGCUGUAUUAAUCACUGCCUCUUGAAUUCUGCGGGAAACUUUUUCUCCAUAUUUUUGUUGUUGUUCUGUUUUAUCUUUCUAUUUGAUAUUGAACUUAGAUAUUAAAUAGCCAAAAAUUGAAACUUUUAUGUCUGAGAAAAAAAUUAACUAAAAUGUACUCAAGAUAUCUAAUACUAAAAUGGAGAAAAGAUUUGUUUAAAAAAAUAACUUUACAUUGAGUGGCAUCUUCUUUGUGAGAAGUACUGUAUUGAAUACAUAUCCAUCAUGCCAUAAGUUAAUCUGUCUAUUUCAGUGUCCUUGUAUCUGUGUGUGGAUGAGUUAUGUAUAAGAUAAAUAAAGAGAUCACAGUGGGUGAAAAAUGACCAUCUUUGAGGUAGGAGAGGCCUCUACUAGAAAAAUCUACAUAUACAAAAGGAAGUAUAUUGGCCUGUAUUGGUUUGUAUACCAGCUAAAUAAAUGGAAGCAUCUUCUUUGCCAUAGUAAUUUAAAGAGUCCCAUAGCCAACAAAUUACCAAGAUUUUAAAUUCACAUUGUUGAACCCUGAACAAAUAUUUGGGUUAAAAUCUGUGUUUUGCAUGUUAUUAUAGGUUGAAGAGAAAACUGCUCAAGUCUGUUAGAACUCAAGAAUCACAUCAGGUCCUUCUAUUCUAACAAAAUUUCAAUUCCUAAGUCUGUCUGUAUGGCAUAGCAGUAGGGAGAAUGGGGCCUGAAGUUGCCUGCUUGGCAAGGAAUCUUCAGGCCUUUAUUUGAUUGAGAAGAUUCGGCUAGAAUGAAAUGGUCUCAGUAAAUCAAACCAAUCUGUGUUUUCAAUGAAAGUAGAUAAUCAAGUUGUUCCCAAAAGUACAUUGACCAAUCUCUAGCUCUCCUGAUAACCUUAAGAGCCUUGACAAAUUCUGUCAGGAAACAGUCUGUGGCAAAUAAAACCCAGAAUAUAGAGCCUUUCUCCAAUUGAAUGGAUGUGGCUUGCGUGAGAGUUAUGGUUAACAAUUAAAAGGUAGUGAGAAGUACUUAUGCUACAGAGAUGUGGAAACCAGAUAGGUUUACUAGUUUUGAAGGUAUUUUAUUUUUCACCAGAGAAGACGCCGACAGUCUUUAUUUGGGUACACCGGCAGUUAAUAAAGCUUGUUGGAGCAUGCUCAGGAGAAAGGAACGACCGCAGUGACGUUACAGUUGUCUCUGUGCACUGGCUCACUGGAGCUUGUUUCAAGGCAGCUCUCUCGCCCUGACAAGUCUUAGCUCUUCACCAGGAUGGAAAAAGCUAAUGUGAAGCGUAUUUUAAGUCAUCUAGUUACCUCCAGGUAUUAUUUUUAGCAUAUUUAAAAUAAGACUAUACGAAAACAGUCUUUACUGACAGUGUGUUUCCAAAAGUACUCCAAAGAAUGUUUUAAAAACCUGCCAUUUCCUAUUUUAUCCUUAAAAGCAGAGGGGUGUAUGUGUGUGUGUGUGUGUGUGUGUGUGUGUUGAGGGUGAGGGGGUGCUUUCUAAAAAUAGCAUCACUGGGCCAAGGAGAUUAUUCAGUGGCUAGAGUUGCUUGCAUUUACUAAUGACCUGAGCUGGAUCCUCAGUAUCCACGUAGUAGGAGAGAACCAACUCCCACAGUGACAACAUUGUCUCCAUACAUGUUUCAUGAUACAUGGGCACAUUCCCAACCUCUGACAUACUACUAAAUAAUUAUUGUUUAAUAUAAUAAAAAGAAGACAACACAUUGACUAAAAACAGAAACCCAGGCUGGGGAGAUGGCUUCAUUGAUAAUACUGAUUGUCGUCCAAGCAUAAAGAACAAAUACCCACAUAAAAACCCGGUGCUGCAGCACAUGCAGAAAUCCUUACCCUGGAGCUGCUACAGACACAGGCGGAGCCCUGGGGCCUGCUGGGUAGGUGCUUUAGCUAAUUCAUUUUUGAGUACUAAGUUCAGUGAGAGUCCCAGGAUCCAAAAAUGAGAGCAACUGAAGAAAAGCCAGUGCUCUGCCCUCCCUAUGUGCACACGUAAACAACCACGCAAAAUGACACAGGAAGCCUUCUCAUAGACCAUAAUUAUCGGUGCCGUCGAGAAUCUGAUAAAUGCUUUUGAUUGUUUUUUCCUAAAUGAUAUCUAUAUACGCUAACAUUUUCAGAUUAAUUUCACAAAAUUUGCAGAGCUAAAGCCCAUCUAGGAGUCAACAAUUACAAUUUUCUGGUUGGUUUGUUCAUUUGUUCUCAAGUUCCGAUUUUUUCCAGUUGUACAAGUCAUUCCAUUGCUUGGAGAGAGAAUACCUGUUAUGCUGCAGUCAGAGGAGCAAGAUUGACAGGUAGCCCUCAGAUGCCUGGCACAAUGUUUUCUGUCUAGUAAAUGUCCUGCUACUUAGAUGACCUGAGUUCAGUUAAAAAGUAGAAACAAUAAUAAAAAAUUUAAGGUCCUUGCCAAUAAUUUUUAUUUCUGUCUCACUGCUUUCAAAAUAUUUUUAUUUUUAUUUAUUUAUGUUUUUGUGGGGUUUUUUGUUUUGUUUGUUUUUAAAGGGUGGGUUAUAAUGUAUCUUGGCCUGGAGAUCCUCAGUUUAUUCUAGAUGGAGCUUUCUGAGUUCUUAAAUUUGAGCAUUUCAGUUCCCCCCCCACACACACACACA